AGAUACUCGAAACUCUUCUUUCCGACUCUCUCGCUCGCUGGGGGACUCAAGUUGGUAGCAGAGGGGUGAAGAAGCAUCAGCCGCCAUGGUCAAGUACUCAAGGGAGCCGGACAAUUCUACCAAGUCCUGCAAAGCGCGGGGCUCUGACCUCAGAGUUCAUUUUAAGAAUACGAGAGAGACUGCUCAUGCCCUCAGGAAGUUGCCCUUGGCCAAGGCAAAAAGGUACUUGGAGGAUGUCCUUGCCCACAAACAGGCUAUUCCAUUUAGACGUUUCUGUGGGGGUGUUGGACGAACUGCUCAGGCAAAAAAUAGGCACUCAAAUGGACAAGGACGCUGGCCUGUUAAAUCUGCUAAAUUUAUACUAGAUCUGCUCAAGAAUGCAGAGAGUAAUGCUGAAGUGAAGGGUCUGGAUGUUGAUUCUCUCAUCAUCUCCCACAUUCAGGUGAAUCAAGCACAGAAGCAAAGACGUCGUACCUACCGAGCUCAUGGACGAAUUAACCCCUAUAUGUCAUCCCCCUGCCACAUCGAGCUUAUUUUGUCAGAAAAGGAAGAACCUGUCAAGAAAGAGCCUGAGACCCAGUUGGCAGCAAGUAAAGCCAAAAGAGGUCAAGUUCUCCGCAGUGGUGCUUCAUCUUGAUCUAUUUUUUAUUGUCAUUUUUCUUUCCGAUAGAGUUGGUUGCUUUCAUCAAUAUAGAAUGAGUUGUUCCGUAUCUAGUGGCCCCUAACUUUGUAAGUUUACAAAAACGUCGAUCUUGUUUUUUAGGAAUUCUUUUCUAAAUUUUGGAUUCUAUUCCUUUUAAUCGAGGAGUUAUAGAAAUCAAGACUUAUUUUACUUUUAUUUUUUAA